AUUUGCAAAACAAAGGAAAGGAAAAUCAUGUGUGAUAUAAAACUGGAGCUCGAAGAUUUAGAAAUAUGCCGCGGCUGCCUCAGUUCAAAUAGGAGGCUCUCAUUUGUGGAAACCGCUGUGUAUCAACCUCUUUUGACUGAAGAGCAAAUUCACGAAUUGGAUCUUACAGAGCAUAUAGCUUUGUGUUGGGAGUGUAUGGCUCUGCUGCGCAAGACAUGGGGGUUCCGGGCACAGGUGCAGAAAGCACACACAAUUCUGCAAGACUCCUUACAACUUUUACCAGCAAAACCUACUUUGUCUUCUCUUUCUUUCCAUCAAAACUUUGAAUAUGAUGCUGUUUUUGAAGAAAGCACAUCCCAUGAAGUACCAUUAUUUGAUGAAACACCGAGCUCAACUGUACACCGUGAUAAAGUGAUUGUACCCACAAAAUACAAAACUAAGCUAACAAAAACUGAAAUAACAAAUAUGAAAACUGUUAAAGUUGUUUUACACGAUAUUUUUAAAAAUAAUAUUAAAUCUGAACACCCCAGUGAUGAUAAUGAGAGUUUUGGAGCUGAUGAUACCUACUGUUCAUCUGAAGAAAUUACAGAAACAAAAAACGAUACCAGAGAAAUUUUCUCAGUAGUGAAACAACCAAAUUUACAAAAGGGACCAAAGAUAACUAGAGAAAUAAUUACAACUCCUGCAAUACUGAAACAGGGUCGGAAAUCACAGAAAAUAAUUGACACCAAACAGGUUGCACCAAAAAGGAGAAAAGUUGAUACAGCACUAAAACUUCCCAUAAAAAUUGUAAAACACAAUUCAAUGGAUGGUAAAAACCAAUGUGAAAUUAAAGCCUUAGAAUCUUUAAACAUUGAUACUAAAAUAAAAUCAGAAGUAAAAGAGAAUGAUAUUUAUUCAGACGAUGAGGAUGACAAAGCUGAUUUAAAUUAUAGUGAAUUUGAAACACAAGCAAGAAAAGAAAAGCAAUCAAAGCUACACACAGAUAUCAAAGUAAACAGCCAUAAUGAACAGAAAAAAACACAAAGAAGGAGGAAAGAAGGUAUAAAAUUCAAGGUAGUAAAUACUAGAUUUAGAAAGAUUGAACAGAUUUUGCCAUAUUUUCAAGAAAUCGAAAUGAAUGAGCAAGAUUUAAAGAGCACCUUAGAAAAAUAUGAUGCAAUUGUUGAUAAACGCAAAAUCCAUAAAUGUAAUAUAUGCGGUGUGACGUAUCAGCUUCACAUACACUUAAAUGGACAUGCAUUACAAAGACAUAGAAAAACUCAUCCUGAAUACUUAAUAAAUGGAAUUUUCCACAACCCAGCCCCAGUGUUGCCGCAAAAGUCCGUCUGGCGUUGCGGCGUUUGCGCCAGAAUGAUGCGGAGAGAGCAUAUAGUCGCACAUAUGAAUGAAUUCCAUUUACGUCGAUAUUUGUGCAAUGGGUGUGGUUGGAGCCUGAGGCCUUUUUGGAAUGUAGAGGAUCGCAGACGACACUGGAAAGAAGUUCACAAACAAUUUUUCUGUGACAUAUGCAAAACACGCAGGAGGUCAAAGAAGUUGAUGGAAUUUCAUAUUGAAGAAUCUCACGUGCCACCAAACCAACGCCGCCAUCGCCAGCACCAAUGCCCCCACUGCCCGAACACAUACCGAGACCGCCAGGCCCUAUCCGAGCACGACAGGGAAGCCCACAAGCCGCAGACGCCGGUCGAGUUGCGGUACUGCGUGGCGUGUGACGUCACCCUUAAGACUCCCUACUACUUAGAGGUUCACUUCCGAAAUUAUCACUCAGGGAUACCUAGAAAGACAUUCCCGUGUCCACAGUGCGGCAAGGUUCUGUUCAAGAAGAGCAAUCUCAAGGCUCAUCAAAGGCUUUUUCACGGAGGCGUAACCAACCACCGCUGCGAUAUCUGUGGCAAGUACAUGUGCUCAAGAUCAGCGUUGAGACGGCAUUUGGAUAUGCACAAUAAUAUAAAACGUCCGAGCACUCACCCGUGCACCAUAUGUGGGCGCAAGUUUCAAGGCACCCAUCACCUACAGCGCCACAUGUACACGCACACAGGCGAACGACCGUACAAAUGUACAGAAUGCGAGUCCGCGUUCACGCAGCCCUAUACGCUGCAAAUGCAUCUGGCCAAGCAGCAUAAAGUGGACGCCAAGGUGGGGUACGAUGGAACGGUUGUACCGGCGACGAAGACAAAAACUGUGUAGAACGACUAAACAUGAA